UACACAUUUCCCUCAUCAUGUAAGUGCUGCCCCCUGUACAACGGCUUGAACCCGGGCUUGUCCCUGACUGUACCGUGUGCUCGAAGGGAGAACUAUUUCGUUUACAUUUUUGGAUGAAAUCUCUUCUUGGAAUGGUUUACCUCCAGUGAAGGUUGAUGUUUCCUAGUCGGGAACCCCCAGGGUUGCUUUCAAGAUUGACCCCCGACAGCUUGCGGCCUCUGCCAAUCUCCUGAGCGAGCUCCGCCUGCCACCGGACAAGACUGCCCACAAGCUUCCGCUGCGUCUGCCUGCGGCAAAGCCCAGCAACCUCCGCGAGGCCCUUGGCCAUUCGCCCGGGAGGAAGGACCUCGUCGCCAUGGACACGGAGUCCACCUACUCAGGGUACUCAUACUACUCUGGUCGCUCCCGGGGAUCCCACAGACACGGGGAACGCAGCCGCGACCACCACAAGUCACGCAGCAAGGAUGGCAGCCGCUCGGAGAAGUCUGUCACCAUCAACGCACCGCCAGCCGAACCACUGCUGGGAGACUCGUCUGUACUGGGGGAGGAGGUCCAGGAUGACAACUGGGGUGAGACCACCACGGCCGUCACGGGGACGUCGGAACACAGCCUGUCCCAGGAGGACAUUGUCCGGAUCACCAAGGACCUGGAGGACAGCGUGGGCCUGGACUGCCGGCGCUACUUCAGCCUGACCCUGGCUGUGGUUCUGGGCCUGCUGGUCUUCCUCACUCCCCUGGCUUUCCUGGCUCUCCACCUCCUCUGGCCUGACAAGCUCCUGGUGUGCGGCACGGCCUGCGAGGGCCUCUUUAUUUCCGUGGCGUUUAAGCUGUUGAUACUGCUGUUGGCCGUGUGGGCGCUGUUCUUCCGGGCUCCGCGUGCCGGCCUGCCCCGGGUGUUUGUGUUCAGAGCUCUGCUGGCCGUGCUGGUGCUGCUGUUCGUCGUGUCCUACUGGCUGUUCUAUGGCGUAAGGAUACUGGACUCCCAGGAUGAGAACUACCAGGGCAUCGUGCAGUACGCUGUAUCUCUAGUGGACGCUCUGCUCUUCAUCCACUACCUGGCCAUCGUACUGCUGGAGCUCAGGCAGCUGCAGCCCGCCUUCUCUGUCUGCGUCACGCGCUCCACCGAUGGAGAGACACGCCACUACAACUUGGGCCAGCUCAGUAUUCAGCGGGCAGCAUUGGCCAUAAUAGAGAACUACUACAGGGACUUCUCUGUCCACAACCCGGCCCUGCUCACUGCCUCGAAGUCCCGGGCCGCCAAGCACCUGGCCGGCCUUAAGGUUUAUAAUGUGGAUGGUGAGUUCCCGGCAUCCCCCGCCACUGGCCCUGAGAACAACGCAGCAACCGGAUUGGCCCACUCCCAGUCUCGGGCUAUGAUUGCCGCUGCUGCCCGCCGCCGAGACACCAGUCACAACGAGCUGUACUACGAGGAGGCGGAGCACGAGAGACGCGUCCGUAAACGCAAGGCCCGACUGGUGGUGGCGGUAGAGGAGGCCUUCACACACAUCAAGCGCAUGCAGGAGGAGGAGCAGAAGAAAGCCCCCGGGGACGUGAUGGACCCGCGCGAGGCUGCCCAGGCCAUCUUCCCCUCCAUGGCCCGCUCUCUGCAGAAGUACCUCCGCACCACCAGGCAGCAGCACUGCCACAGCAUGGAAAGCAUCCAGCAGCACCUGGCCUUCUGCAUCACCAACAACAUGACGCCCAAGGCCUUCCUGGAGAGUUACCUGACCCCCGGGCCCACCUUGCAGUAUGGCCGCGAGCGCUGGCUGGCCCGGCAGUGGACUCUGGUCAGCGAGGUGUCGGUCACCAGCGGCCUCAAGGAGGGCGCCAUCUUCCUCCUCAAGUGCAUAGACUUCAACCUGGUGGUGACGGCCAAAAGGAUCCCCUACAUCCAGCUUUCAGAGGAGUUCAUCGACCCCAAGUCGCACAAGUUCGUCCUGCGGCUACAGUCAGAGACCUCUGUGUAGAACUGGACAACUGUUUUUACCACCACACACCUUUUUUAGUUUUGUUUUCAAAAUGUUUUUAUUUUGGGUUUGCAGUUUUAUUUUAUUUUUGGAUUUUUAUAUUAUAUAUGAAUACAUAUGUUACACAUGUUGGAAUAUAUUAUCCUUUUUAUCUAUGGUUUACCUGGUUUAUGAGUUAAUAUAAAAAAAUGUUUUUAAAAAUGUACACCGGUGAUGAAUUUGACUUGUCUUGCAUGCACACACAGAAGAUUGAACUGGACUCUGUGGAGAUGGAACUGUAGAUGAACAAUGUGUGCACACAACUGCAUAUGUGUCAAUGUCUAUGAACACAAUCAGUUGUUCCACCUCUGAAAGACUGAUGCAGAGCUCAAGACAAGGAAUUGUUUUAAUUCCAUGACUCCAGACAGAAAGUGGAGACCGAAGGAGGGGGACGGCCAUUUUGACAUCUCACCAAAGAGUCAAAUGACACUACUGUUGCCAUGGACAUUCCUUCAUUCCCCCUCAGCCAAACCACUACAGAUGGUGAACUGCCACUAUUUAACUUCUGGACAAAAUGUUUAUUUUAACACAACUGUCUCAGGCCUGUCUGCUGUUCUGAAACUAUAGCUACUUAAUUUUCUUUUUUAAUGUUACAUGCACAUGUUCUCUACAUCUGUAUAUUGAUUAUGUAUAAACACAUUGUGAUAUAA